GCUGAAGUCCCCGAGGAGCGGAGGUGGAGGCGGAGGCGGCGGUCCAAGGUGCGGAGCUUGCCGGCGCUGCGCUCAUUUGCUGCUGGGAGAAGAGGGGGUCCGCAACAUGGCAGAGUCAUCCGUGCAGUCCGACAACAUCUCUUCAUCCCACGCCUCCUCCUCCUCCUCCUCCUCCUCCUCCUCCUCCUCCUCCUCUCUGAGAAACUCCGUUUUGUCCGCCCUGCAGCUGGUUUACUGGCGGGAGCCGAAGAAGUCGGCGGCAGCGUUCGGCCUAUCGCUGCUGGUCCUGUUCUCCUUGGCCACGCUGUCAGUCAUAAACGUGGUGUCAUACCUGUUGCUGGCCUGCCUCUGUGUCACGAUCACCUUCAGGGUCUACAAGUCUGUCAUCCAGGCUGUGCAGAAAUCAGACGAAGGCAAUCCCUUUCAGUAUCUGCUGGACCGGGACCUCUCAGUUUCUCCAGAGGACUUCCGUAGGUCCAUCGACCGCGCGUUGGUCCACUUCAACUAUUUCAUCACCCAGUCCAGGAGGCUGCUGCUGGUGGAAGAUCUGGUUGACUCCCUGAAGUUAGCUGGUGCGAUGUGGUUUAUGACGUACGUUGGAGCAGUUUUCAACGGGAUCACCAUCCUGAUUCUGGCUGACAUCAUGUUCUUCACCACACCCCUGGUCUACCAGAAGAAGAAGACACAGAUUGACAGAUACAUUGAGCUGGUUCGCUCCAAAGUGGAGGACACAGUGGAGAAGCUUCAGGACAAGCUACCAGGGGCGAUCAAGCAUUCCAAAACGGAGUGACCGGUCGUCAUCCCAACAUCCUUCCAACACCUCUCCACCUCUCUCUCCACCCCUCUCUCUUUCUCUCCCUGGGUGGUCACUGUACUGAGCUAGCUUGCUGACUAGUUUACCGUCUGGUGUGCCGUCUGGUUAGUGGGGCCUCAGUUAGCGUCCUGUGUGACGUCAUCGUGACGCCAUACACCUACGUUCACUCACCAGCGGCUCCCUCAGGCGACAAGAUGGUGCCAAUACACCAUCUAUGUCAUGAGAGCAACACAACUUUGUGUUGCGUUGUGUAAACACACAUUCACAACCAUGAUCCACUUUAACACGGCUGUACUCUUCAUCAGCUCUUCAUCAACUGGUAACAUGUAGCAAGUAAUGUUCUCAUUUCCACUCAUGCGUAAGAGGGCUAGCAAAACCAGUUAAGUGUGUGUGUGUGUGUGUGUGUGUGUGUGUGUGUGUGUGUGUGUGUGUGUGUGUGUGUGUGUGUGUGUGUGUGUGUGUGUGAAAACAGUGAACCACGACUGUUGUGACGCUCCUGUGUGGUUUUGGACGGCUGUAAACAACCUGGUUCGGGUUAAAUCAAAUAAAUAAAGUGAGUGUUG